GUGGUAAUUCCAAAGAGGGGGCGAGGAUCCACCUCUAUCGAUAGCAGCAUUUCCGCCCACAGGAGCCCUGUUGCACGGCUACUGGUUCCUCUGGGUGUAUAUUAUAUGGAAAGGGAGGAGGGUCAAAUAAAUUGUAAGCUCUAGGGCCCAGAAAUUCCACUGACUAACUGACUUGACUAAUUAAUGGGAUGAUUCAUCUUAAAGAGCUGGGCAGGCAGGUUGUUGCUCUGGUGCCAGAGAUCUGGAUGCCACGGACUAUGUUUAAACUGGAGGGGAAUUCAAGUUCGGUUCCUGUUGAGAAUGAAUUUGUGUUUGGCUACCCGACAUCUAUCUGUGACUUUGUUCCGGGGGAGAAAUAUCUCUGCGGCAGCUGCAAGAAUGUUCUAAAGAAAGCGCAGCAAACACUGUGUGGUCACAGAUACUGCUCUCCUUGUCUGGCGUGGAUUGUGAGAAACCAUGACCUGUGCCCAAAAUGUAAAGUGGAAGAUCCAACAACUUUAAGUGAGGACAGUCUGUUGAAGGAAGAGCGGGCUUUUAGUGAUGCAGCGAUUAAUAAGGAAAUUUCAGAACUCAAAGUUCACUGUGUGAUCCCAGGAUGCACCUGGAGGGGGCUCAUGAGAGAGUAUGAGGAGCAUGAUAGCCUAUGCAACUACACCUUGAUACCCUGUCACACCGGCUGCGGGCACCGGGUCAUGCGGAAGCAGCUGGCUGAUCACUUGGAAAGCAAUUGCCCCAAUAACUUUAUUAAGUGCCCCAAAUGCGCCCAGCACUUUUCCAGUAACGAGUUUCCAAAACACAAAUGCGACAAGAGCCUCACUGAUGACCAAAGCCACCGAAAACACGAGCAUUUGGUGAAAGGAAAGGGUCAGAAUGGCAAUGGGAAUUCCAAGAAGGAAAAAUGUCACUUUUCUCCACUUGGCUGCUCGUAUAUGGGAAGCAGAGAAAAGAUCAAGGACCACCAUAGGGCCUCUGCUGCAGCCCAUCUCUCUUUGGUGUGCCCGCUUAUAUUGAAAAUAAAGGAUAACCUAUCCAGCUCGAAAGGGAAGAAAAAUGGGUUCUACAUUGCAGACUCUACAAAUCUACUGGUCCAGAAGAACCCUUCAGCCCUCCAGACUGGGGAGAGUAGGAUGGGAAAUGGACAAUUUGAGUUGGACUGUGGCCAUAGUGUGGGUCAGCCAUGUGAUGAGAUGGGGCACAGACUCUCACUCCUGGAAACUCGCCUGCAGGUAUUUGAGAAUAUCAUAUCUGUGCUCAGCAAAGAGAUCGACAACUCUGCAGCCCAGUUGGCUGAUGUUAUGCUGCAGAAGGCUGAAGAACAGGAAAGGGUGAAAGCCUUGGAACAGAAGGUUGAAAGCUUGCGUUGCACAUUGGCCAUUAAGGACAUUGCACUGAAUGAACUGGAGAUGCGCUUUUCAUGUUUGGAGCAAACCUCGUACGACGGAGUGUUUUUAUGGAAAAUCUCAGACCUGGCCCAAAAAUGUCGAGAUGCCGUCACUGGAAGAGCGAUCAGUCUGUAUUCUCCAGCUUUCUACACGGCCAAAUAUGGCUACAAAGUGUGCCUCCGUAUUUAUCUGAAUGGAGACGGAGCAGGGAAGGGGACUCAUGUCUCUCUGUUUUUUGCCAUCAUGAAAGGGGAAUAUGAUGCUCUUCUGCCUUGGCCUUUCAAACAUAAGGUCACCUUUGUGCUUGUAGGCCACAACAACCGAGACAACGUGUUCGAUGCCUUCCGUCCGGACGUUACCUCUGCCUCCUUCCAGCGUCCCGUCAAUGACAUGAACGUGGCUAGUGGCUGCCCCUUAUUUUGUCCCAUUGUUAAAUUGAACUCUUCCAAAUACACCUACAUCAGAGACAACAACCUGUACAUUCGAUGUAUCAUUGACACCAAUUCCUAGAGGCGGCACCAGGUGCCAAACUUGCCUUUACACUUAUGGAGACAUGGAGCUGAUUGCAACUGACUUAUGGAUGGGGGCAAUGGGGAAGCUGUCAUAGCCCAGGACUUAAUAAGGCACCCAGGCCCGGAUUUGUGGAAAGGCCACAAAGGCCCGGGCAUAGGGCAGCAGAAUUUUAGGGGGCGGCAUGCUACCCCAACCACACCCACAUUGGUUCAAAAGCACUGGGAUUUGCAGGAGAUACAAUCGUUUUUCAAAUUACCGUACCACCAAUCCCCAGUACUCUGAACCCAAUGGUGAAAAUGUGCGCAUUUGCACAAAGAUGGGGAAGGGACUGGGGCAAUGAACGGAAGCGGGCUUAGGGGUGUCUACUAUGUAAAUAAGGCACCACGACUCCAAAACCAACUUUAGGGUGGUCUACUCUACUAAAGAUAUUGGUAUAUGCCUGCAUUGGGUAGGUGAUAGACUUCUGCUGAAAGUUAUUGUAAGUCUCAUGUAUAUGUAAGCUAUGAUGUGCUGUGAGAUAAAAUAUUUAUUUUUCAAAUAAUAAUGCUAAUAUGUUAAAACCUUCAGAGAAGGAAUGUUCUGAGCCAGAAUGUUCUGGGCACACAAUAAGCUAUACCCUCGUAAUGCACUGUCUAAGGGAAUCAAUAUGGCACCUCCCUCCUUCCAUAUCUAUACAUACAAAUAUACAGAGAAUGAAUGCUCUGGGCACAUAGUAAGCUAGACCCUCAUACUGCAAGGGAAUCAAUAUGGCACCUCUCCCUCCUUCCAUAUGUGUAAAUACAAAUAUACAGAGAAGGAAUGCUCUGGGCACACAAUAAGCUAUACUUUCAUAUUGUACUGUCUAAGACUCUAAGGGAAUCAAUAUAGCAGUUUCUUUGUAAACAUACAUCAUAAAAAGAAGGAAUUGUUUGGGCACACAUCAGAUAUACACAGUGCUUUUGCUUCUUGUGGGGGGAAUAUAAUUAGAUGACAAGUGGAUUAUUUUGUAUUUUGUUGAGUGGAAGCUGCCGCAUAGUCUGAAUCCUACAUUAUCCACAAUUCCCUAUUGUAUUACAUAGGAAUAAAGAAAUGAGGAACCCAUUAAACUGAUCAGUGCCUCCUCAGAUUCCAAGAAAGUGAUUUAAAACAACAAAAUAAGAGUGAAAUCGCUCUUGGCUCCUUUACAUGGACUGAAAUAGCGGAGGCAAAGGAACCAGUGGGAUUUAUGGCAAAAAAAGAUCAGUUGAAGAGAGAGAGAGAGAGAGAGAGAGAGAGAGCCCUAGAGCAGUAUCAAUACUGUAUAUGUAACAUCAUCCUACUGUACCUUUACAGGACAGCCGUGUAUCAUUUGUAGGGGGUACACAGGUCCUUGCAAUACAGGCCAGGGUGCAAAGCAUGAAAAACAUGGCAGCCUGUACCUCUUUGCACCCUUUUUAUGUUUUUGGCUUCUGUACGAGCCCAAUGCAACCACAGCCCUUUUGGCAGGGAAGACCUGCUGUAAGUUACAGCAAUUAUCAGCUCACAAUAAACUGAAUAUAUAUAUAUAUAUAUAUAUACACACACAUACAAAUUGUCUAGCUGGAGCACUCCUUAUAUAGGUCCAAUGCCUAGGUGCAGGUUAUAUAAUAAAUACAAAAAAGACAAAUGAACCGCACUCUGGCUCUUUUUCAAGUGAAAAAAUCAAAUGGUGUUUAUUCCAACGUUUCGACUCCUAACUCAAGCCGUCCUCAGGGAGUGAUUACAACACAGCAAACACACAUAUUCAAAGCUUAAGAUGGCUCCAAACCAACACAAGACAUCAUCAACAGGAAGUAUCCCAUUGGUAGUACAUUUUAUCAAGUGAAAAACAUAAUAAUGUGAGGCAGUCUGUAUUCAGUGACUACUCAAUCCCAUAUUAUCCAAAGCAAUAUAUUUCAUUAGUGAUCUACAUAAAACCCCUUAUGUGCCUUUAUUAGGUGAAUAAGUGUCAUUGUGAUCAUUUGUGUGGCUUAAAAUCAUUGCUUACCGCAAUCUUCAUUAUUCAUUGCCCCUUUGGACCUCACACGUUCUUUGUUUGUCAUAUAUCGACUAUUUAGUGGAACCCGUGUAGCCCAUACAUAUCCUAUCAUUGGUGCAAAUCCCUCUGUCAGUCAAGUCGACCGGCUUCCUCUGGCUCACUUAGCCCGUGUUAAUAUCUCUAUAAUUCGACAUCUCAUUAAUACUUUGAGAAAGGACUAGGAUUAGGCCGAAACGUUAGUCGCAAGCUGUUUUAUGAAUAAAAACCUUUUUUAUCAUUUUAAGUCCUAAGAGUGCUGUUCUAUAUGGAAUGGAUGAAGAUAAUGUGUUGAAUGUGCACCCAGGCAUAUGUAUAUAUACAUAGUAUUUAA